AAUAAAUAACAACUUUAAAAAAUCGAAUAAAAACAAAACUUUAGAAAUAUAUAUAUAUUCAUUUAUAAAAAAAAAAAAAAGUCAAAAAUGUUAUUCAAAUCAUUAAUCUCUUUAAAUCAAAACAACAAAAAUAACCAAAUCUUAUCAAAUAAUACUAAUAGUUGUGAAUCGAAUAAAUUUAAUAAUAACGAUUUAUGUGCCUCAAAUUCCUCUUUAACAACAUCGAUGUUCAUUAAACCAUAUUUUAUGAACUAAAAAAAAAAUCAAAAGAAAAAUAGAAAUAAAAUGUAUAGAGUUAAAAAAAACAAUUCUAAAAUCGAAAUAAAUAAAUAAAAAUCAUUGUUUUUUUUAUAAAUUUAAAUUUAAA